AUGUCACCAGUCGCUCCGCCAGCCCAGGCGGUCAUCCGCCGUGGUGCAGGAUUAUCCGAGGCAGGAAAUGAGGAGACGGAUUCGACUCGGCGCUUGAACCAACAAAGGGCGCUCGACUUUCAUCAUUGGUUGCUGCAGGCACUCAAUUCCCUGCCCGCUUCGAUAUCUCAGCCUGCCAACCCCAGCCUAUUGCCUCAAUUCCGCUCUCAAUGGAACCUCCCACCACCUAGAAACGAAUCCCGCGUCAUCGAAUUGCCCGAUACCCCUCCUCCAGCUACUUCUCCACCGAGAGCUACUGCAUCAAGAUUUGCACGACGACACUCGGACGACUCUUCUUCCUCGGGAGGCUCAUGGCUGCCUCCGAGAGCUUCGCCGCCAGGCAAGAGUCAAGAUGAGCUGGACCGCGACGCAUAUGAUCAUUUCAUUGCCGAUGUUAAGCGGCUCCUCGGCCCCUUGAUGAAUGAGGAAGAGGGACUAGCUGAUGAAGACUCGACAAUUUACAAUGAAGGGUCUGUUUUCCUCUGCUGGGGCAGCGCCACGAAUUGCCGAGUCCUCAACGUCAAGCAUUUUCAACGAGAUAUGGACCACGAGCUAUUCUGGAAGAAGCUUCAUCACGCUUGGUAUCAGGCACGCGGCAAAUGGCGACGCAAGAUUCCUUGGUACGGAAUCCGCGACGUUAAAAUGGUCGACAUCCGGCUUGCAGGGCCGGUUCGUGGUUGUCCGGACCAAUUCCAUGGCGUUUUUCAGUUGACUGAUAGGGAAAUUCAAAGGGAAAAAGACAAAUUGAGACAGAAAAUCAAGAAGUUUCAAGAAGCUGAAGCUGAGGCUGCCAGGGAACGCUGGGACAAGAGCUCUGAUGAGGACGACUAUUACGACUACGACUACAACUACGACGACUGGGACUGGGACAAGUGUGUCUAUGACGCGAAGCUUGGCCGCACUCUUCAUGGUGACGGAUGCAUCGCUAAUAUGUCACAGUUCCAAGAGGAUUGUGAGCAUGGGGAGUAUCCCGAGGCAAAGAACAGGCUCAAUGGGCUCAUGAUGGAGUCUCUGCGCACAUCGCUGUUCCAGAAUCCACAAAUGGCAGUCUUCCAUAAGCUUUCAAACUCAGAUCUUGUUCAUUAUAGGAGCACGGUCCGCAGUCAAGUUGAGGGUAAUCCUUACCGAGGCCUAGGUCAGAUGGUCUUCCGCGGGCUCCUAAUAGAGGACGGGUGGGCGUUUGACGGAGGCAUGGGGGUUCUGUGCAUGCCUCUGGCGGGGGUGAUAGCAAUCUUACUAGUGUUCCUUGCGUGGCUCGCGUAUAGGGAUUGGGCCAUAGCAUGGAAUGUCGGCUCGUGCAUGGUACCGUUGCUAAUAGGACUAGCGAGCGCGCUGCCACAAGCCAAGGCUCCAAGAGCAUAG